UGGCUGCAUAGGAAGGGUUGCACCAUGUCGGAUCAUGAGAGUGGUGACGAGGCGCAGCAGGCCCAGGGUGGGUCUGUUGAACAGGAACUUUGUACAAAAACUUUACAGAUUCAGUCAAAAAGGUUCUACCUUGAUGUCAAACAGAAUCGUAGAGGACGAUUUAUCAAAAUAGCAGAGGUUGGUGCAGGUGGGAAGAAAACUCGCCUUCUCUUGGCCAUGUCUAUAGCAGCUGAAUUUAGAGAUUAUCUUACAGAUUUCAGUGAGCAUUAUGCUUCCCUAGGUCCUCCGAAUCCAGACAGCCUUCCUGAAGAUGGUAAACUGAAGAGUGAGACAAUGGUGAAGGACAACCGACGAUAUUACUUAGACCUGAAAGAGAACCAGAGGGGCAGGUUUCUCAGGGUGAGUGUGUCACAAACCCGAACCAGAGGUGGACCACGUUCUCAAAUAGCCAUUCCGGCUCAAGGUAUGAUAGAAUUUCGGGACUCCUUGACCGAUAUUCUAGAUGAGUUUGGGACGGACGACCACGGUGAGUCGGAUGAAGGACAGAGUGAACUACCUGAUAGCAAGUACUUGAGAGUGGAAAACAAAGUGUUUUACUUUGACGUAGGGUCAAAUCGUCGAGGGGUUUACCUGAGAGUAUCAGAGGUUCGCACAAAUUAUCGCACCGCCAUCACCAUUCCUGAAAGGUCAUGGGGCAGGUUUCGUGAUAUGUUGUCAGAAUAUGCCGACCGGCCUGGGUCCAGUGCCAAGGGAGACAACAACAGCCAGUAAACAAAAGGAGAAACAGAGGGAAUGUGCUUUGUGAUGAGGGUUGUUUUAGGAUUGAUACAAACGCAUGGGUGAUGCAGUUAAGGAAAUAUUCUGAUUCCGAGUCAAGCAGGCUAUAGUGUGAUCUACAGCGAAAAACACAGCUCCUGAGACUUAAAUAUCGCUGUAUACGCAGUGCUCCGCGAGGGCUGACCGAAGAAUCAUUGAGUGCAUGAUAAUGUGUUCAAGUUGCAAAGAAAUUGGUCAUGACACAAUCGGGAGAAAAUGUCCAGAUUUGUCAUCGACAAGAACCCAUGGCCAAAGCAGUGAUGAACAUGUCUUUAUAUAGUCUUUCAAUGUUUUAGUAUGAUUGAAAAUCUAAUAUUUCAAAAAGAAAAAGAACAGUCGACUUGCUGUACAAAGGCAUUUUAAUUGCAUUACAAAAAAUUGAGAUGCUUUUGUUUAAGCAGAAUGCAAUGAAUGAUUGUAUGAAUUCAGAUGUUUUUUUUUCAUAUGAAUUGUACACAAACUUUGUACGGUGAUAUUUAACAAGGUACAUUCAUGCAGCCAUAUCAUUUUCCCUUUAGUUUUGUGUUUCUAAGACAAGCUAUCAUGAAGCACAUUUCCUUCGUUUGCUAAUAACACGUAAAGCAAGUCUAUAGGAGCGGCGCUAUUUGACGGCCGUAAGAUAGUGCUCCUAGGUAGACCGCAGUCUGUACAGUAUGUCACUUCAUCGUCUUUGUGGAAAGUUUUCCGUGAUUGUGUAUAAAUGAUAGAACAUGACGUGGUGUGGGAUUAGCCUGUGUUUUUGGUGGUGUCGCCAGUGUCGCCAGUAGGGGAAUUGUAGCUUUAUGUUUACUUGGUAUUGGGAUGUGACAUCAGGUUUAAUGCUUACAAUUAUAUAUAUAUAUUUAAUGAAAGGGAAAAGCACAUGCAUGUUUGUUACCAGUUAGACAGCAAUGGUUUUGGAUACUCGAGUCCAUAUUUUGCAAGGUUUUGCACAUGUGUAGGAAGUCAGCUUGUAAAUUAAAUCCAGGCAUCAAAAACCAGUGAAACUAGCUAAUCUUAUCAUAACAAGCUUGUAUCAAUGAUCGCAUUACCAUUCCAAACACCACCUGUGGCAUUGAGGACUCGUCCAUGAUGGCAUGAUGACAACAGUCCGAUACCAGGAGACCUGGACUGGAUAGUUUAAAUACAUUGUUAAUGUGUAGUUGUGGCAUGGGGAUAUGGCAUUCUGGGAGCUGGCGGCAGCAGGGCAUCAGGUAGGCAAGUCUGAUCUAUCAGAGAGUCUGUUGGGUAGUGUGGUUAUGUGGUAUGUUUUGGUGAAGCAGGACAAGGUUUUAAGUUAGCCGUUAUGGGCUAGGGUCAUUUUUACUCCUCCCCCACCCCCAGAACAGCUAGCAACAUUGGAAAAGCAAUGUGACUUCUUCUGAUAAAAGUGCUUGUUUUUAUUUUGAAUAUUCUUUAAAGCAAAUCAGAGAUGCUUUUUUAACUCAAAGUGACAGCUGAAAAUGUGUUUUUUAUUACCAAUUGGCGAUUAAGAUGACAUCAUUUUAUAUGACAAUAUUUUGUAUACAUUGUAUAAAUUUAUAUAAAACAAAAAGAAGUUCAUUGUUUAGACCACUAAUGAAAUUGAUAUUAAUAUAAAUCAUGUGAUCAUACACACACACAUACAUAGGAAUGAUGUGAGAAAUAGCUGUUGUCAAGCUUGCAAGUAUUCCACUACCGAUAUUCUUGUAUCGGGACUUAGUGUGAAGGGGAGGUAAGUCUAGCGUGCUACAUUGUGAUAUUACAUACAUGAAAUGUGUGCAGCCAUUUGCUGCUUAAAACCUUGUGUCAGACCUUGUCACAAUGUGUCAGUGUUUUGUGUUAAAACUCUUACCCAUAUCUUUGACAUUGUGAUCAAGGAGAUUCAUUGAUUACAAAUUGUGUAAUAUGAUUAUAAAUUUUGAGGAUAUCUUUUUAGCUUACUGUCUUAACAUUUCUGUUUUCGAUUAGGUAUGGAGUCUGUACCGUGUAUUAAUGUUCUAGCUAAAAAGUAGUCACCCAUUGGUAAAUUGAUUAGAUUCUUUUUGGACUGAUUUUGAUCUAAUAUAUAUAGAUAAAUAUAUAUAUAUAUAUUUAGGGUUUGGUGUCAUAUUAUUUAAGCACAGCAGUACAUGUCGGGAGUAUGUUUUAAAUGGACAAAAGUUGCUGAUGUUGCCUUGUUAGUCACAUAUUAUAGGCUGGUAUUUAUUUUGAUCCUCUUGAAGACUUGUUGACUCUUAAAUUUGUUAUUAUCAGUGUUGGUUCUGUUCUCUCUUUUCUUGCUAUGGUUAGUUUGUGCCACAUCACAAGGUGUGGCCCAUCAUAAAGCUGUGGUCAGUUGGUGCCACAUCACAAGGUGUGGCCCAUCAUAAAGCAGUGGUCAGCUGGUGCCACAUCACAUGGUGUGGUCUAUCAUAAAGCUGUGGUCAGUUGGUGCCACAUCACAAGGUGUGGCCCAUCAUAAAGCAGUGGUCAGCUGGUGCCACAUCACAUGGUGUGGUCUAUCAUAAAGCUGUGGUCAGUUGGUGCCACAUCACAAGGUGUGGCCCAUCAUAAAGCUGUGGUCAGUUGGUGCCACAUCACAAGGUGUGGCCAAUCAUAAAUCUAUGAUUAGUUUGUGCCACAUCACAUGGUGCAGCCUAUCAUAAAGCUGUGGUCAGCUGGUGCCACAUCACAAGGUGUGGCCCAUCAUAAAGCUAUGAUUAGUUUGUGCCACAUCACAUGGUGCAGCCUAUCAUAAAGCUGUGGUCAGUUGGUGCCACAUCACAAGGUGUGGCCAAUCAUAAAGCAGUGGUUAGUUGGUGCCACAUCACAAGGUGUGGCCAAUCAUAAAGCUGUGGUUAGUUGGUGCCACAUCACAAGGUGUGGCCAAUCAUAAAGCAGUGAUUAGUUUGUGCCACAUCACAAGGUGUGGUCUAUCAUAAAGCUGUGGUUAGUUAGUGCAACAUCACAAGGUGUGGUCUAUCAUAAAGCUGUGGUUAGUUAGUGCCACAUCACAAGGUGUGGCCUAUCAUAAAGCUGUGGUUAUUUUGUGCCACAUCCCAUGAUGUUGCCUAUCAUAAAGCUGUGGUGAGUUGGUGCUGCAUCACAAGGUGUGGCCAAUCAUAAAGCUGUGAUUAGUUGGUACCACGUCAUGAUGGUGUGGCCAUUCACAUAGCUAUGGUAAGUCCCGCAUCAUGUGGCUAUAUUUUAGUCUGUGCCACAUCGUAAGGAUGUAGUCUUCUACGUUUUAGAUAUGAAUAGUUGGUGCCGUGUCGUGAGGGUUCAAGCUUAGAUUGUCCGUUUUUAAUGGUUACUCUGUUAAUGAAGUAGUUUUAUUGCAGUCAGCUGAAUGGUUAUGAAGUGCUAUUGUCAAUUAUUGCUUUAUAGAUACCUUAUUACUGUGAAAAUGUACAUUUCAGUGGUAUUAAAAUGUUGGCACUUAUACAAGGAAGAUAAUAAUAUUAAUAUUACUGCAUUGAUAACAUUCUGGUGCAAAGAUUCACGAUUGUGCUAACCUGAUAAAUUGGCCUGUAAUGUUAAUUCCCUUAAAAUGUGUGGUUUUACAGUAUAUGAUAUACAAGUGUAGGACUAAGGAGGUUUUGAUUCGUCGUUAUCAACACAGCUUUUAAGAUGGAACAAGUUUAGAAAAUCUAACUAGCAUUGUGAUCUCAAUAUCUUCUCUGACACCUUUGUUGAUUUUAAAAAAAGCUUAAAAACCAGGCAAAUGCUUUCAUGUAAAACAUUACAAAUAAGAGUCAAAAUGAUUGCUUAAGAGUUGGGCUCAGAGAAGAUUGAGAGGGAAAGAAUGCUACAUUGUACUUACAGGACAAGUCCGGAAUGUUCUUGUAUGGAAAGUUUUAAAAUCUUUUCAUAGAAAAAGGAAUUUUUUUUAUUUGAUAAUUUUAAGAGCUAUAUUUAUGUUAUUAUAUUUGUUUUGAAACAGUUAUAACUUUGUACUGAUCAUUCUGGGGCAACACGCAAUAUGUUGACUUUCAAUUUUUUAUAGUAAAUCCAACUGUAGCUGUAUACAUUUCUUUAGUUGUGGAGUCAUAGACAUCUUCUAUCUGUACGAGUUACCUCCCCUCUUUUAUUUUGCCUGCUACAUUUAUCAACCGGAACCAAGUACACCUAUGAAAGCAUUUCAUAAAUGUAAGACAGUUUUGUAAAAAGCUUUUUUCAAGGAUGUUUAUUAAAAUUAAGUGAGAAAAAACAUCAUUAUUCUUGUUACGAAACUUGUUUAAGAGGUAGUGAGCUUGUACAGCUGGAAGAUCUAAGGUCAUCUGCAAAUGGUGAAUUUCGAAAUUUAAGCCAAUUCUUAUACCUACACAUUUUGUUUAACAACAUUCAUCAUAAUGCAUUUCACAUUGUCCGAUUUGAAUGCAUGCGUAAGCUGCAUGCUUUUUUUUUUGUUUCUAUAGUCUCCUUAUUUUUAUGUUGUUAUUAUGUGUCUCGAGAGAUUGUUACAUUACACUACAUACUAGUGCUAUCGGAUCAUUUGUUUUCUCUUUUGAAUUCUAAACUGAAAGAUGCAAAUUGUCCAACAACUUGAUACAACUCAUGAAAUAACCAGAACAACUGCUUAGGUCUGGAUUUUUUGAGAAAAUAGUUCGUAAUUGGGUUUUGAUGCUGGUAACCAAAUGGGUUAUCCUAUUUGAAAGUUUUUAUAAUGCAGUUUUCUGUUCUCAGUUUAAAGAUUCAAAAUUACAUUUUUUUUUUUUUUUCAUUAUCCAGUAAAAUUCAUAUGUUUUAAGUGCUUAGUAUUACGGUUUUUUUUAUCCAAUGAAUGAUUUCAUUUUUUUCAUUUCACAGGAAAUCUCAAAACACAUUGUUUUGAAAUAAAAUUAAGAAAUAGAAUUUGUUCUAAUUUUGAAAAAUCUAAAGCUAUUUUUUCAAGAGACUAGAUCUAGUGGGUUUCGAGCAUCAAUAUAGGAGGGAAAGGAAAAGAUUAAUUUGACUGAGGCCUUAUUAUUCCAUUUUUAUUCACACUAAUCUUGGCUCUAUCGUCACUUCAUUUCCUGUUCAUAAUAAUUUUUACUGAUGUUUUUAACUACCGGCCUCAGGGUCUGGUGAUAUUUGUUUUAAAAUAAAAGCACAUGUAUUAAACACAUGAAAUUAUGUUGGUGACUGGCAUGGAUAGAAUAUUUCAGAAAGAAAAAGUGAAAAGUUGACAUGAAAAUGGUUAUAAAAGUAGAAAAGAAGGCAUAGGUGAAAUAUUUAGAAUUGUCACAGUUCAAGUAUUUCUCAAAUAUUUGAAAGCAGGCAAAGGUAAAACUGUUUUAAAUGCUGAAUUGGAACCUUCUUAACACAGAAAAACUGAAAGUUCUUAAGGACUAAAUCCUCUUAAUGGGGAAAGUAAUAUGAAUUACCAAGACAUCAAAAAUAGACUAGUAUUUCUUUAAAGAAUAUUAAACGAUUGCAUGACUGAAAGGUUUAAAAAACAAUUUUUCAGCUCACCGUAUAAGAAUUCUAGAGAGGAUUUCUAUAUUUGGAAUUAAUUAAAUUCGACAAAAUGUAUCACACAGAAAUUGUGUUUGUGAUGACAGUAAAAUUAUUCUGAAAAGUGUGCAAGGUUUUAAAUAGUUUUCUCAAAAAUAUCGGUAGCUGGCAGGGAUGGAGUAAUUUUUACAGAAAUAUCAUUUGCUAGGAAGGAUGAAAUAUUUCUCUCAGAAAUAACUUUUAGUUGGCCGGGUUGAAAUAUUCCUAUCAUGAAUAUCAAUAGCUGAUAAGGAUGAAAUAUCUCUCAGAAAUAUCAAUAGCUGGCAAGGAUGAAAUAUUUCUCUCGGAAAAGUCAAUAGUGGACGAGGAUAAAUAUUUGUCUCAGAAAUUAUCAAUAGCUAGCAAGGUUGAAAUAUUUUUUCUCAGAAAUAUCAGUCGCUGAUUCAGAAAUAUGAAUUCAAAGUAGGUUGAGAGAGAAGUGUUAAAAUUUUAACACUGCCAACGCAAUGAUUUGUUUGAGUUGUUUUGGCUAAAGAGCCUGUUAUUAUAUAGCGUAUUAGUAAUUUAUUAACUGCUGCAUAGAUGCUGUAUGUGUAUAGGUAUAUAUGCACUCAGGUAUAGUGUGAGGGUGUGUACAAAACCUGUGUACUUUUUUUUUAUCAUUAAAAAAUGUUAGGGAGGACUGUCAAAUGGCAACACUGUUAUGAUAGAUACAGUGGCCAUUAUAGUUCUAUGAUGAGUUGUAACUACACAACAACUUAACAGGUAUGAAUUACCAUCUCAAGCAUUAGUAUAUAAUAACAAUAAAACCAUGCCAUUACCCAGCAUUUCCAUUUAUACACAGACUUUAUGAAUGUUAAAAACCAUAACUUUUUCAUUAUCCCCGUCUCACCAUGUAGAAUAAUAUUUUUCUUUUUUCUGUUGCGUUAAUUUUUCGUCUAUACUUGACACUACCGUCCAUAGGUUUUGAUCUAUUUCCCUUUUUCGCUGUAUUUCAAUAUACUUUUUUCAUCAUUCAUUUUCAGCCUUGGCUUUCAAUGUGAUAUCCUUGUUGCAGUAUUUUAUGCAGAGAAGGGUAUCUGUUGACAAUUUGUGAAUACCUUCUAUUCAAAGGUAUCCUGUUGGUCAACUUCUUGGAAUAUUGUAACUUUCAGUUUUUCAAUUGAUGGGGAAAUCUAUUAUUAAGUACUGAAAUAAGGAUUUGGUAAUCGAGAAAUCCUUUUCAGUAUUGGUUUUUUCUUACAGCAGUUUAUAGUUGUUGGGUACUUAUUGUUAAGAUGUUUAUUUCUAAUCUACGCCUGUCCCCAAUAAGAGCAAAAGUUGAUGCCAUGCAUAGUAUCCUUGAGACUAUUUUUUUAAAUACUAGAGAAAAAAAAAUGUAGAAAAAAUGUUAUCAUACUGAAACUCUUACUAUCAUGUACAGUACAUUGAAUAGAACAAUCAAAGAGAUGUUCUCAACUUUGUUGUGUAAGUAUUAAAAUUCAUCAUGUUU